UGGGCCUAAGCCGCUUACAGACGAGGGACGGCCGUUCAUGGCGAAUGCUGCCGAGCUUCUCGUUCUGUCUUGCGGGCUCCUGGUUCCUCUUUCCCCUGCCUCGGUGUGGUGGGAGAGGCCAGGGGUGCGGAACCCGGCUCGAUCUCCGCUCCCUCUGCCUCGUGCCGCCUGGAGGUGCGCUGGUGUGGGGGUCCGGGCGGGGGUCCUCGGACGUGGCGGACACCCUUCGCCCUCUGCCGUGCCGGCGUGUCACGGCGUGGGCGGGCCCCCUCCCGCGGUGGUGUGGGGCUCGUCCGGCAGAGUCCGGCUCUGCUCGGCUCUGUGCGGUGCUCCUGGAGCGGUCCGGGUCGUUUGCCUUUCAGGCGCCUGGAACCGAGUGGUGGUGUCGCUCCCUUGCCACCCCAGCGUGCGCUCUCCCGGGUGUGCCGCUGCAGCCUCCUCGCUGGUGUGUGCUGCCUGGUGUGCGGGAGCCUCUGGGGGGUCGAGGUGGUGAGGAAAAGGAAGCGUUGGGCGCAGCACCGGCUGCUGCUGCCACGGCCCGUGGCCUCGCCCGGCCGGCCUCUGGUGCCCCCUGCGCGUCCGUGGGGGGGCAGGUGACUUCCUUACCUGUGCCGCAGACCCCUCCGCCCAUCCUCGGGCUCGUCCCCCGGGUUGGGUUGAUGCUCCCUUGGUGUUGGGGCCCUUUGUGCCCGGUGAGAGGCGCACGUGGGGGCUGGCGGGGUGCGGCUCGCCUUCGGUGAGAAAAGCCUUCUCUAGCGAUCCGAGAGGGACGUGCCUACGUGAUGGGGUGCCGUAUCCCCCGCUUGCCGCGCCGUUCCUUCCUCUUCCUGGUGCGUGUCGGUAGCCACGCUGCUGACGACGCGGAUGGCUUGGGUUGUUGUGCGUUAGGUGGCGAUGGUCGCUCGUUCUUCCCGGCCCCUUCCGCUGGGGGCCGGACGCUGCCUCUCGCGCCUCUACCUUGCCGUGGCCCGCGCCUCCCCCCGUGUCGGGGGAGGGUCCCGCUGGGCCAGGGCCGGGCGUCCCGUUGCCUUACGGGCCCGACGGAGGGGCCCUGCGGUCGCUCGCAUGCCUCUGGUGUUGUCUGGCCUUCCGCUUACCACCCGGGGCCCCUGGGGUUGCGUGUGGCUUGUCCCGCGCUGCCCCUGUGGCCCUGGCGUGGGGUGGCUCUCUGCUCGCUUCCCGCCCUGGGCUGUCCGCGGCCCGCUGGCCGGUCGCCGCCGGCGAGGGUGGCGGCGGCGGGGCCACGGGUUUGGGCCCGUUGGGUCUCCCCUCGGCCGCAUCGGCUUUGGGAGCGUUCCCGCGGGGUGGCGGCCCCCGGGGCCGGGGGCUCGGAUGUUGGUGGAUGGAGACCCCAGGAAGCCGGUGGCAGUAGGUGCCCGGUGUCGAGAGCGUUGGCGGUGUGUCGCAUUGUGGGCCCCGGUGGGGGGCCUCAGGUGCGCGUCGGGGAACGCGUGGGGUCGCUGGAGGCGGGCUGCCGGCGUCCCAGGCGUGCCACGGGACCGCGCGGGCGUGUGGCGGUGGCAUCCCGUGUCCGUUUUCCGGGAGGACCCGGCUUUUGUUGGCCCGAGGUGUUCCCCGCGGCUCCCCGUCGCGCCUCUGGCGCCUCUCCCCCCGCGGUCUGAUGCCAUGCCCCCGCAGGUGGCCCCCUCGCGGCCCGCUGCGGCCUCGUGUCGCUUGCGUGCGCCGGCGAGCCCUCUUUGGGGUCGGGGGUCAGAUGGCUGCGACGGUGUGGCCUGUGGUGCUGCGGGGCCUGGCGUUCACCCCCAUCGUCGGAGGCGGUGUGUGCGUGUGAGGGGUGGCCGAGUCGCGCGGUGGCGUGUCCCCGGCUGUGUGGCUGUGCCUGGCGCCUCCCCUCCCCCCAUGCGGGACCGCCCUUGCGCCUGGAGGGUGCUGGCGGUGAGAUCCCGCGUGGUGCGGGGGGCUGGUGUGCCGCCUGGCCGCCAUCCGGUUCGACGGUCCCGUCCGUCCGUGUCGAGGAGGCCCUUCCUCUCCCGUGCCCCGCUCCGCGCUUGCGGGGGUCCGCCGGCCCUCGGCUCCCAGUUGUCACCGUUUUGUCAGGCCUCGCUCGCUGGCCGGGCGGCUCCUGCUGCCGCGCCUGCUGUGUGCGUCUCCAAUCUCGCUCUUCAUCCGUGUCCCGGUCCCGGGUCUCCGUGACCCUGUGGUGCUUCGCUCCCCGGGUCCCGCUGCGGCCGUCGGGGAAGGCGCUCGGGCUCCUUCCCGUGUGUCGCGCCGCCCUGCCCCGUCAGGCGGCGGUGGCCGGUGGCGUGGCUGCCGGCGGGUCGGCUUGUCGGAGCGGCGCGUGUGCGCGGGGGUUGAGGUCGGUGAGGUCGGGUCGCUGGGGGGCGGCUGGUGUGUCCCGCUGCCUGCCCCUCCCUCCCUCCUCCCUCUCCUCGCCUCCCCUCCUCCUCUUCCUUCCUGGUGGCAGUGUCGGUGGUCUUCCCGGACCCGGCGUUGUGGUGCCCGCGUGUGGGCUCUUCCUGAGGCCGCGGUCGGCCGGUUC